CUGUUUAGAUAUAAUAGUAGAUGUAUGAAAAUGAUAAGCUUAUUAUAGUUCAUAGCAAGUUAAAUAGUGUCAGGAAUGUGAACUUAGAUGUUAAACAUGUUAAAUGUAACUUAAUGUUCUACGACAAUCUACUUUAUUUGUUUUAUCGAUAACGGGGUUUUGUUCUUAAUGAGAAAGAUUACUUUUCAAUGGCAAUAAGAAAACUUGAAGACACUUGUUGAACUUCUUGUGCAUAGUUUGUUUUUUGGAUUAGAAGUUAAAAAUAUUUUGGUGUAAAUUUUAAUGUGAAUUAAGAAAUGUGUUGAUUUCAUAAUAAGGACAAACAAUUUACAAGAUGUUUGGAUUAAAAGUACCCGUAUGCCAAAGUAUUGGUUCCUCAGAAUUUGACAGCAUCAAAACUAUUUUAUCUAACAGUUCCUUCAGUAAACCUGGUAAUUCAUUGUGCCCAGAGACAGACGAAAAAGGAAAUAUAUUUUAUGUGGAGAUAGCAGAAAAAUGUAAACAACUGAAAAUAAAGAACAGUCAUGAAAGUAGCAUAGACGAUGUUGGGUAUGGUACUGACAAUGAAGUGAAUAACAUCCACAACAUUGUCAAUCAACAGAUUACCUCCCCUAAUGGAAAUCUUCUUUCAAAAGGAUGUCAUAUUGCUAAUUGUAGAUGUAACCAAAAUGAUGAUAGUUUGGAGUUUCACAGAAUGGAUAAUUUAGUGCAGUUUAAGAUUCCAAUAAAACAUGUUAACAUUACAAAGAUACUGGGUGAUACUCCUAAACCACAUAGUUAUGUUGGUAGGGUCUUAUGUAAAGACCUUUUUGGAAUAAUACCAGGACAUUUUAAAUCUACAAAAUGCAGUAACCAUAGACUAUGCAUCAGAGGGUUAGAUCCAACAAGGGACAUUCUGAAGAAAAAACAUAUCCAAAUAGGUGACUGUUUAAGACUGGUAAAUGGACAAGAGAUUACAUGGAAUAAUAUUGAUGAAGUAUUCACCAGAUUGUGUUCUUCUUCAGAGGCGUCUUUUGUUGUACAACAAGUUUCUAAGAAGUCUUCAAAACACAAUCAUCAUCAAGUUUUAAAAAAGACCAUUACAAAGGAUUCUGGGAUAGUACAGUUGCUGCCUAAACAAGAGGACAUAACUCUUGGAAAACAAAGGGCAGAGAACUUGCAUGCUGUCAUGUAUGUGGAUCUGGAAAAAUUGAACUCAGAAAAUAACAAUAAAGAUGAAGAUCUAUUGUUCCAGUUUCCAGAAAAAUGUAGUGGUUUAACAGGGAUGCGAGGGGCUUUUGUGACUAUCUACAGUUCAUUAGCAGAGAUUUCCCCUUCAUCUACAAACAGAUCCACAUUUAUGUACAACAACAAACUGAUGAAUGCCUCCUACCAUAAAGAAGAAAACAAUCUUCUUAUAGUCAUAUUUCAACAAGAUAGGAUUCAUCCCCUAUUACUGCCAAAAGUUGUUCAGAAUUUGAUCCGUGUUAUAAGAGUGCAAUAUAAUUCCCUACAUGAAGCAUUUUCUCAUCAAGACAAUCACCCAAGUAUAUCAGCAUUAUUGACCUCAGUUCUUCAUCAGAUGGACACGUCCAUGUCGUCUGUUGAUGUUGACCAGUGUAGUAGUUGUAGUAACACAGUGCAAUAUCUUCAUCUCGAUUCUGUGUUUAAUGAUAGUAUUGAUCGAUUAGUGACAGGAUGGGAGGCACCAGAUUGUAAAGAAAUGUCUGAAAGUUACUAUGGCUGUAGAAGAACAUAUACAGUGCUAGGAUCUUGUUUGUUUUAUAAGGACUCUUUAGUAUGUAACCACUUGCCACACGAUGACUUACUAGAUAUCUACCUCUAUCUGAAGUACCAACACAUUAUGUCCGUCUGCUGUAGAGAAACUGUGCAGACCACAGUCAUUUGGAGGGAAAUAUUUCCCACAAGGCAGUUCUACAAUUUGCCUGAAGAAGAACCUUUUGGUUACACUGAACCAGUUUCAGCCAGAUGGGUCUGGUUAUUUGUAGCUUAUAAGCACACCAUCCUGUGUUCAAUGUUGGAAACAAAUGGUUAUCAUACAAGAUCAGAUGUAAUAUUAGAUCCUGACCCUUUCCUGAUUGACCAAGCCAAAGCCACACUGAUGCAGAUUUUCAACCUUAAUAUGUAUAAACAAAUGGAUCACUGUUCCAAACAGAACACAUCAUCUUUAGUAACCCAUAUAUCAGAGACGUCACAGAAACCAACUAGUCUACAGAAUGAAGUUGUGAAGAACAAUAUGUUUAACAGACACAGAAAAUCGGCACGUUUCCAUAGAGAUUCCUCAGUUAGAUCUAGUGCUUCGUCUGACAGUGGAUCAAGUGUAGAUAGUGGCAAUAAGAAGACCUCUUUACAUCACCACAAUACAGAGGGUAGUUGUCUCUAUGACCUGAAUCAUGGGUUAGAAUUACCCAGAACAGAUAUCAAGUUGUCAGUAGGUGUAGAUAAUUGUAUGUUACAUUAUUUACAUGUGGACAAACAUGAAGGUGUUUAUAUUAAAUCCGACUCUAGUGAAAUGGAUUCUACAAUUCUUCAUAACUUCUCUCUUGCCUGUACCAGGAUUAAAUAUAUCUUUGAUAGAUAUAGGUUCAAGAAGAAAACAUCAGAUCAAGGUUCAGAAAACAACCACAUGUUACCAGUAAGACAAGAUCCUACAUUCAGAAAUGUCAGAGAGGAAGGGGUAUUAUUUAGUAUCACCAGUCAGGAGUCUCAGGAAAAGUCCCAAAUCUCAUACUGGGUUGUUGGGAGACAGAGAAGUUUAACAGAAUCCUAUGUUUGUUUUAAAGAUGGCACACCACAGAGCUCAGUAGAACUUGCUUUUAAAAUAGCUUUUGGUAUAAAACCUGGAUAAAAUGAACAACUCUAUUCUUGAAUUGGACUCAGAAGGCAUAGAUAACUGGACUCAGAAAUUCAGUGUUUGCUAAGUCUGAACAAAGUUUGAAGAACUUUUAUUAUGGGAGGUUGUUUUAGGGUUGUUUUUUUUAACUAGUAUCAGCACUGGAACUAAUAUGGUUAUUUAUUCCCAAAUAUAAGAAGUAUAUUUUUUUCUUAUGAUCCAUAAAAUACAAAACAUAUAUAAGGUAGUUAAAUAUACCUCUCACUUUUAUUUGAAAUCUAACCUGAUUAAUGAUAAAUAUAUCUGAUAUUGGAUAUUUGCAUUUUGCUAUAAACACUAGAUUUUUGCAUUCAUAAAAAGUCAUGGGAAAUUAUGGUAGUGUUCAUUCAAAGGAGCCUGCAUAUGAGCCAAAACAAACCAAAUAUUUGGGUUUAAUAUAUGAUUUUCAUUAAGUAAGAUGGCCUUAAUAGUAAAGUUUGACUUUAUUAUAUAUUUUUUUUGCCUUAGCUAGCAAAUGUAUGUGCAAUUUUCAAGUUAAUUUUUUCAUAAAAAGGGUCUUAAACAUCUUGUUAAUAUGAAAACAAUACUAAGUGAAGCUCACAUACUGGCAGUUAUUGGUUGGUAAAAAGGUCAACCAAAAGUCACAAAAUAUUGUUGUAAUGCACAGUUAAAACUCCUUAUACUGGAAUAAUCGCCCAUGAAAGUUUACUUAUUAACAUGUUUUAGUCUUUUCUUCUUGAGGAGACACUUUAAGUCAUGAGAUUUUUGUUUUUCACUUGUUGAUUACCCUUGAAGUGUACUGUUUCAUCUGAAAGUUUUGAUUGAAAUAAAAAAUGUCCAUUAUUUUCAUUAUUGUAACGACUUUUAAAACUUUUUUAUACUCUCUGCCUUUUUUAAUAAUCACUUUAAGUGCAAUAUUUUAUGUAUUCAUUAGUCACUAAAAUUAUAUAUUAGCUGCAUCGAAGAAAAAUUGACCUUGUGCAAGUGUACGUUUACAUGUAGAUUCAUAAGACUUUGAAUGUGAUUUUGGUUAUUCAAAUUACAAAAUUAAAAGAUGAUUGUUGGUCAGUUUUGUAGAGUUCUAAUUACAAAUCAAUUUUUAUACAAUAACAGUCUUCCCCUUUUGAUUUUUGUCAACCCAAAAAAGGAUAACAGAUGUAUUUAAAUUUCUCUAAUUCUUUGUCAAUUUAUCCCUUUCUGUACCCAUAUCCAUUGUAUAAGAAAAAUUUAUCAACGUGUGGUUUUGUUUGAUCUCAGUUCUUCAUUGGUUAAAAUACAAUUAUGACGUUGAAUUGUCUUGUUUUCCUCUGAAUUUCCUAUUGUGACGGCAUGAAAAAAGGCGACCUUGUCUGAUUGCUGUCACAUAGAAAGAACACAUCUUUUAGCAGAUCAGUCCCAAAGAAGGAAUAUUGUUUGAAAAUCAUUAGAGAAACAGAUUCUACCACCAAAUCUC